GGGAAAGGCUGCUAUCUUCCUGACAGCUGGGAGUUCGCUCCCAAACACUAGACAAAGUUCUGCGAGGUUAAAUGUUACCUAACGCCAAUACAAUCCAAUAAAUAACUUCAUUUUGUUCUUUUGGGGGAAAAGGGAACGAUGGACAACGACGCAGUGUUCUACACUGAUCGCAGCGGACGAAUCACCAGUAACCCACUGCUGGACCAGCUCCCCAGCUACCAGUCCCUACUGUACCGCAGAAAGUCGUCUGUUAGCGGCACCAAACGAAGAAGCAGCUCCAGAGGGAGGACUGGCUCCUCUAGCAGCGGGAAAUGGGGAAUGAGCUCCUUCACCAGACCCUUGGACAAACCGAAGAGUCAGAUAGAGCAGCAGGACAUCAGAGAGCUGGCCAAGCCCAUGGCUGAGAAACGCAGGGACAAAACACAGCGCUUGGAAGAGGCUCGGGAGCUCAGCAGCUGGAGACAGUGGAGGCAAAGCAGUCACAGGUAUCUGAAGAGGCUGAGGGAUGAUGCCCAGGAGUGGAUGAGUUCCAUGAAGCUCUGGAGGGGGGACAUCCACCUGAUAGAAGGGAUGUUCGGCACUGGGAUCCUGUCGUACUUCUCCUUCCUUCGCUUUCUCGUGGUGCUGAACUUGAUAAUCUUUCUGAUAAAGUUCAGCUUCGUCAUGCUGCCCAUCAUCAUCGCUCCUUAUGCUUCAGGAAAUAUCACCUACAACUUGAAUGAUGCUGGGGUGUGCACCGUGUAUCCAAGCAGCUCCCGUCUAGGUCUUGUCAUCUUUCAUGAACACAUUACAGAUCUACUCUCUGGUGGAGGCUUUCUGGAACAGACCUAUCUUUUCUACGGCUACUACAAGGCAGACAAAAUCCAUUUUCCAAACAUCACUUAUAAUUUGGCACUGGCAUACCUGCUGUCCACCAUUGCGUAUCUCUUCCUCAGUCUUAUCUGGAUUGUUAAAAGGUCUGCCAGAGGAUUUAAACGCAACCUGGUUCAGGAUGAGGAUCGCUUUCAGAGUUUUUGCAAUAAGAUUUUUGCUGGCUGGGAUUUCUGCAUCACCAACGUGAACGCAGCAAGGCUGAAGCGAAGCAGUUUGCUCUAUGAGCUCAAGACAGAUUUGGAGGAGGAGAGGAUAAAACAGAAAAUUGCAGAUCGCACCCGCAAAGAGAAGUGUCGGAUUUACUUCCUGCGCCUCAUCCUCAACCUUUUUGUCAUCGGUGUCCUGGCUGGCUGCUUCUACUCUAUUUACAUAGCCACCAUCUUCUCUCAGGAAGCACAAAUGACAAAAAUAAAGGUGAAUUUCAUUGUGGAUCUCAUCUAUGAAUAUCUGCCUUCAAUUGUUAUCACGGUAGCCAACUUCAUCACCCCCCUCCUCUUUUCCAUUAUCAUCAACUACGAGGACUACUCCCCUGCUUUUGAGAUCCGCUUCACUCUCAUGAGGUGUGUCUUCAUGCGGCUGACGAGUAUCGGAGUUUUGCUCUUUUCACUGUGGUCUCAGAUCACUAAAUGUGAAGAGGAACCCUGUAUCUGUGGCUACAACCACGUACUUUACUCCUGCUGGGAGACCCGUGUGGGCCAGGAGAUGUACAAACUCACCAUCUUUGACUUCAUCACCAUCGUUGCCGUCACCAUCUUUGUGGAGUUUCCCCGCAAGCUGAUUGUGAAAAACUGUGACUGUGGCCUGGCUAAGUGGUGGGGCCAGCAGGAGUUUGCGAUUCCUCAGAACGUGCUAGAGAUCGUGUACGGUCAGACCAUCUGCUGGAUCGGCACGUUCUACUGCCCGAUGCUGCCUGCCAUCUGCACCAUCAAAUACUUCUUUAUCUUCUACAUCAAAAAGGUGUCAUUAAUCAACAACUGCCGUCCGGCCACGCGUCCGUUCCGAGCAUCUAGCUCCAACUUCUUCUUCCUCGUCGUGCUGCUGAUUGGCCUGGCUCUUGCCUGUCUGCCUGUCACAGUUAGUGUAGCGCAAAUAAACUGUUCCCAUGCUUGUGGACCGUUUGUUAAUUACAAUACCACCUGGGAGGUGCUUCCAGCUACAGUAUCCCAGCUACCCAGUGGAGCACAAAAACUCCUCUUCGCUCUCUCAUCAGAGGCCUUUGCUGUCUCCUUCUUUGUGGUUACAUGUUUGGCCAUGUUUUAUGUGAUUGCACUAGCUGGAGCACACAAGAGAGUGAUUAACCAACUGAGGGAGCAGCUAGCUAUGGAGGGCCGUGACAAACGGUUCCUGAUUCAGAAGCUGUGCCAGGCCCAGAGUCUCUCAACUUCCCGAUCCCCAGUGUCCAGACCUCAGCCUCGCAGCGGCAGCAGGAGCAGCCCCAGCUACCACACCAGCUUCUCCAGUAAUUUCAAUGAGGGGGUGUUCCUGGCCCACUCACCUCCUGACUCCUCCACGCAUGUGUGAGGCAGGAGCCUAAUAUUAGAAUUGCAGACUGUAUUUCUUUUCUUUUUUUUUCUACUGUGAAAACACUACAUUGUGGGAGCUUCUGUGGACCUGCUGACAGUGUCCUUUUGUUGACAAUCUGAAACUCGUAAAACCAUUAAGAAGCAGGAGUGUUCAAGUAUUUUUUAAACCAAACUAGUCAUUGUUGGUCACCUGUGGUGUUUUUCCAUACUGUGUGUACUGUCUUUUUUUCCUUCUGAGAAGGACUUAGAUCGCUUUAAACUACUGGACUUGUUCAUAAAGCCUUUCUAAAUUUUAUGCACUUUAAAUGUAUUAAUACUAGAUUUUCCUACUACUACAACUUCUAUGUGUGCGAUAUUCUGUAUUUAUAAUAUUUGUAUUUUUACAGCUAACAUUUCUAGCAUUAUGAAUCACUCUGUUGGAAAAUACUGCAAAUAACUGAUUUCGAAAUACUAAACUGUAAUAAUAUUUUUUUAACAUAAGUGUGAUUGUAACUUCAAAAUAACUUCUGGAUGGCGGGUAUUUUAGUACUAUUAAUAAUGUUUUAGUCAAAUUUAAGGGAAAAUGCUGUUUAACUUUAUCAUGAUGCUUUGAUAUGACUGUGGUGACUGCUUUUAAUGUGAAACCAGGGACAUGAAAAAAUAAGCAGCUGUGUCCAAAUGAUCCAAUGUCUCACCAAAAAUCAAAGAUGGAAGAAAAAAAUCAGAAAACUGAGAACAUAUUUGUCAGUUUUUAUUUGUUUCAUCUUCCAUUAAUCAUCUGACAUUAUGUGAAAACAAACUUGACUAUAAGCAUUUAGGUCAUUUAAUGAGCUGGUAAUCUUCUGUCCAUGACCAAUUAACUACAUGUGUAAUCAUUUUUAGGGAAAGAUAAUGCUUUUGUGCUCAGGGUUACAGGCUGGUCAGUGUUUUUUGUGAUCAGACAUGAGUGUGUAACAUAACUAUGGUUUAAAAUAUGGACUUGAGGCCCAUGUUAGGUGUGGAGUUGCAGUCCAAGGUGGCUCAUUUGUCAAUGUGUGGAAUGUGUACUGAGAUUUACUGAUCUGGUCAAGAAUGCUUCAGAUCCAUUUUCGGGACUGUCUUUUCAUCUCGAGGAAUCUGUUCAUCUUUGGAAAGUAGGACUAGCAUUUCUUACAUGGUAUUGAAAUCUUUAAGGCCAUUCUGAGGGAACCAGUUAAAAUGAGUUUUGUGUUAACCAUCAUAGUAUAAAUAUGCUUUCACUCUUGUUAGACUUUUUUUUUUUAAUUUCUCCCUGUUGCAAUGGAAUAAAAUGACCAACAACCCA